AUGGCCCCAACCCCAGACCAAACCCAACCCGUGCAGCCCGCAGGUCCAUCCGUCCCCCUAUCCCAAGCCACACACCUCCUAACCUCCUUCACGUACUUCCUAACCGUGUGCAUCCACAACAUCCUAUACUACCGCUCACUAUACCCGGCGGCCACCUUCCUGACCAGCCGGGCCUACAAUCUACCAGUACACCAGUCGCGGCACCCGAAAGUGUGCGCCUGGAUCCGCGACGCCGUCGACGCCGUGCGGGCCCAGAUAGUCCAGGGCGCCGUCGAGCGCGUCGCCGUCGUGAUCUACGACGACCGCGCCCGCGUCAUGGAGCGCUGGAUGUUCGACGUCGGCGGCUUCCCGGCGUGGAGGGGGUUCCUGCUGGGCAAGGGGAAGUGGAAGGAGAGAGACAGGGACGAGGACGGCGGUGAAAGGGGCGUCGAUGGGGCCGAGAGCGGCUUUGAUGCGGCAGCGGCAAAUGCAAAUGCUGCCGAAGGCAAGGUGAACUGGACGGACGUCGACGAGCAGCUGCGCGCCGCCAUCCGCCGGCUGGCCUACGCGGGCGAGAAGAUGGGUCCGUUGCCCGCGGGCUGCACCUUCACCGUCGCGGUCGAGUUGCGGGACCAGGCGGAGGCUCCUAUAGGGCACCCGCAACCUUGGGUUCCGACACAGCCGAAUCUUCAGACCAAGUCCAGCGAGAGGGAAACUGCUGGCGAGGACGUUGGGGGAGCCAAGACGACACCCCUUCGUGCCGUCGAAGCCGGCCCCUUGUUCUUUGAAUGCUGGGUUGAGGAGGGUAAAGCCAAGGAAGAGCCGUCAUCAACCUUGUCAUCGAAUAACUGA